AACAGUAUGCCCCCAGCUCACUUCACUGUACAAGCAGUGAAGCAGUGACGUCUUGAGGCUGUUCAUUCAUCCUCCCUCCCUCCCUCCCUCCCUCGCGGAGCAGGCUUGCAGCGGAGCCUGACCUGACUCGUCCUCCCUGCUGGAAGUGACUCUCGCUCCUCGGAACUUUCCUCGGGUGCCGCCGCACGGUGAAGUGAAAUGAAAUGGCCGUUUCUCUCUCCCUCCAGAGUCUGGGGCUCAUCCUGCUCGCAGCGAUCCUGCUGCAGACCAUCGCGGUGGCCGUCAGCUUCGUGUACUUCAACAAGGUCCUGAGCACGAUACAGGAGACUUUCUCCCGCAGCAGCGUGUCCUGUCUGAUGAACGAAAAUCUGCGCUCUGACGUUGAGAAUUCAUCGAAGGAAAAGAAGGGCGAUCCCUGCUGGCAAGUUACGCAACAGCUCCACCACCACCUGGAGAAGACGAUGGCUGACCGAUUCCAGAAAGAGAUUUCUACUGCUAUGAGAAAUGAAAUGACAGGAGCGGUGCCUUCCCUGACUGCCGGGGUCCCUCUUCCUAAAGUUGCCGCCCAUGUGACCGGUGUCGUCUCGUCCACUGAGCCUCCAACUGCGGACGUCCCACGGAGGAGCAGGGGCUACCUGGGGGAGCGAAUCUGGGAGUGGGAGGGCCAGAGAGGUCUGUCCUUCCUGCAGAACAUGGAGCUGAGGGGAGGAGAACUGCUGGUGCCCCGAGCAGGCCUCUACUACAUCUACGGCCAGACCUACUUCAGACUGCCCUCCUCGGGGGAGACGGAGGGGCAGGAAGAAGAAGCCCAGCUUGUCCAGUACAUCUACAAAAAGAUGAGUUCCUAUACGGUGCCCAUCCUGCUGAUGAAAUCCUCUCGGAGCGCCUGCUGGCCUCGGGGUCCGGAGCCCGGUCUCUUCUCUCUGCAUCAGGCCGGUACUGCCUUCCUGCAGCCGGCUGACCGCCUCUUCAUCACCGUCAGCAAUGCCAGCGCCAUGGAGAUGGACGGGAGGGCGAGCUACUUUGGGGCCUUCCUCGUGGGCUAAAGGGAGAAAACCAUCCCCGGGAUAAGAUGUACCGGAUGGUGGGGUGGCUUGCUACAGACAUCGAUAGAAGUGACUCAAAAAUCUGCUCAGUCAUUUGAGCAGCUGCCUCGAACAGGAUUGGAGAGGAAGACUUCUUUUUCAGCGACUAAGGAGAUGAUGAAAUGUCUCAUCCACAAAAUUGCCAGGGACAGGGAGAAGAGCCACUCACUGUGUAUUUACUCCAGCUGACGCAGGAUUCACAUUCUGUUUAGCACGAGUAAACAGAACACAAGUAUUACACGAUGCAUUCACAGUACUCUGCAUUUGGUCUAGGACAUGCUGUAGAUCAAAUGUUGUACCCUCUUGUGUUAAGGACUUCUAACAGAUCGAGUUGUCUCCCACGUGAAAUGUCGGGACAGUUCAUUUAUGAAAAAUAGGUUGUAUUUUAAAAUUCAACAAUAUGCUGAAUGUUCAGUGUUAUAAGUGAGGCUUCCUUCUGGCUUAAAGUACUUUUGAAUUUCCUUUGAGCUACGUCGUGACGUAGAUCAUGUUUUCCUGUGACUUCAAAGAGAAGCACUGGUGUCGUGUGAAUGGACUGUUAUUUACAUUACAUUUACACUGCUAUAUCCAAUGGAUACGUGCACAGUUGUUAUAUGCCUUCAAAGUUGGAUAAAUAUUUUAGGAUAUUCAGAUUUAAUGAAAGAAAUCUACUUUUCCAAAGUGUUGAUGUUUUUUUAUGUGGUUGGUUAAUGUGUGGGGAACGGUCUGCA